UUAUUUAUUUUUAAUGAUGGUUGUUGGUUAUUUCAUGAAUUUGUCAUGCCACGCCUUCUUUCGCCACAACCAGGAACUAGCUUUUCACUAGCUAGCUAGCUAGCGUGUGAAGUGGCGGAUAUGACGUAACAGCAUUGGGGGCUUCAUAUGCGGAUGUUUUGAGGCGCGUUCAAAACGACUUUUGAGUCUCGGCUGCGAGGAUCCAGGUUUGAUCAAUGGCCGCGGCUGCCUCCUCUGCCCCAGCCUCUGGCUCCACGGCCGAAAGCACAAACUCGGGAUCGAGCAGCUCAGCCGGAGCGGAGGGAGGCAGCCAGGACAGCACGUUCGAGUGUAACAUCUGUCUGGACACCGCCAAAGAUGCUGUGAUCAGUCUGUGCGGACACCUCUUCUGUUGGCCGUGUUUGCAUCAGUGGUUAGAAACUCGACCCAACAGACAAGUGUGUCCGGUUUGUAAAGCUGGCAUCAGCCGGGACAAAGUAAUCCCCUUAUAUGGGAGGGGGAGCACGGGUCAGCAGGAUCCCAGAGAAAGAACCCCCCCUCGACCCCAAGGACAGCGGCCUGAGCCAGAGAACCGCGGCGGUUUUCAGGGGUUCGGCUUCGGCGAUGGAGGUUUCCAGAUGUCGUUCGGAAUCGGCGCCUUCCCGUUCGGCAUUUUCGCCACGGCCUUCAACAUCAACGACGGUCGGCCUCCUCCAGCGGCUCCUGGGACGCCUCAACACACGGACGAACAGUUUCUGUCCCGACUCUUCCUGUUUGUCGCCCUGGUGAUCAUGUUCUGGCUGCUGAUCGCAUGAAGAGGUCAAGCAAAGAGAUCUACACAGAAUCGAGGCAGAUUUUCCUUUUUUUUUUUUUUUUUUUUAGAUCUUUUUAGCAUUUCUACUUUAGGCAAAAAUGAAACUGUUAUCUAUCAGGUCGUUCAAAACUUACAAAGUUUAUAAUAUAUAAUUAACUUAAACUAAUCAGAAAUUAUUAAAAAAAAAUCUACACAUGCAAAUCUGUCAAAAAAACUUACUCCAAUUUAAAAAAAAGUCAUUUCUUAAAGCCCCUUAGAUGCAACAAACACUUGUUUUUUGACAUGAUAGUUUCAGGUUGUGAAGUUCAAACUGUAAAUGAAUGAUUUUAGUCACAACCUAAAGAAUGUUUUUUUUGUCUGCUUAACUCUUGGAUGUUUACAAACUUCGACUUUUUUGUCUGCUUUGUACAGCCGUGAUAAAGUCACGUUCUCCCUUUUAUUUUGGAUGACUUUUACUGUUUCACUGUAAUUAAAUGUAAAAACAAACUGUACAUGACUCAAAACAAAAAUACUGUUAAAUAUGUAGUAACUUUGCAAAAUGUGUAUAUCCCUCAAUGACAGUAAAGCUUUAUGAAAAAUCGA